AUGGCAGAUAUCGCUCUCAAUUCUAAUAAACGGAAGCUAGAUGCAGAAGAUGAAGACUCCUCUUCCGAUGAUGAUAUGGGACCUCAACUUCCAUCUGCGGAAGCUCCCAAAAAGAAGCGUCGCAAGCUUCCCUACGAAAAGCUCUAUAUUUCAGCUCUACCAACUUCCGCACGAUAUUCAAAAUCUCUUAUGCACAAAGAACAAAUCUCGUUUGUCACAAUGACUCCAUUGACGGACUUUUUGAUCACAAGCUCUGUUGAUGGAGUUGUCAAAUUCUGGAAGAAAGGAGCCGAUGGCAUCGACGUUGUCUCGCUGAUGGCUUUCAAUGAUACUUAUAAUUGUGUAAUAUCAGCGGACGAGAAUGGUAUGAUCGAAUACUGGCGUCCGGGAGGAAAUUACGAAAAGCCUGAUAAUGUUUUUGAGUACAAAUCUUCCACGAAUCUCUUCGAAUUCAAGAAGGCUAAAUCGACACCCACUUCUCUAACAAUCUCUCCAACCGGUGCUCAAUUCGCAACUUUCUCAUUUCCCGAUCGAAAAGUCCGGGUAUUUGAUUUUUCAACAGGGAAAUUAUACCGUACAUACGAUGAAUCCCUGCGGGUUAUCGAAGAAAUGCAACAGGCAGGAACGUCAUUGAAGAAGUUGGAAGAUCUGGAGUUCGGUCGCCGACUUGCUACUGAGCGCGAGAUCGAAACGCCAACCCUACGAAACAAAGCAAAUGUUAUAUUUGACGAGACGGGACACUUUAUCAUUUAUGGAUCAAUGCUAGGCACAAAGGUUUUGAACACUUACACAAAUCGGGUUGUAAAGGUGUAUGGAGGAGAUGAGAAUUUUAGGCCGCUUAACAUUGCUAUGUACCAGGGCCAACCACAAAAGAAAGGCAUUACAACCGUUGCAAUGGCGGCAUCCAACAACCCUCUUUUGCAAGAAUCAGAAGUUCGAGAUCCGAUAUUAUUUGCGACCGGUGUUGGUAAAGUGCGGUUCUACAUGUUCACAAACGACGAAGAAGUCUCCAAAUCAGAACGAGAUGUCCAAAAUGAGAAACCCACCAAUACAAAUGGAAAGAAAUUGACAGAGGCAAAGGUUGCCGAGACUGGAACGGCUGCUGUUAUCCACACCACAUACGGAGACAUCCAUAUACGCUUGUUUCCAGAUGCAGCUCCAAAAGCAGUUGAGAAUUUCGUGACGCACUCGAAACAAGGCUACUACAACAAUACUAUCUUCCACCGUGUCAUUCGAAAGUUUAUGAUUCAGUGCGGAGAUCCAUUAGGAGAUGGUACUGGUGGUGAAAGUAUCUGGGGGAAAGAGUUUGCCGAUGAAUUUAGUUCUCUCAGACAUGACAAACCUUACACAGUUAGUAUGGCAAAUGCGGGGCCAAAUACAAACGGUAGUCAGUUCUUCAUUACGACCGAAAAGACUCCGUGGUUAGACAACAAACAUACAAUCUUUGGUAGGGCAAUUCAGGGUCUCGAUGUUGUCCACAAAAUCGAAAAUACGCGAGUCUAUAAAGAAAAACCAGAGGAAGAUAUUAAGAUUCUCAAUAUAGACAUCAUGUAA